AUGGAUAUGCCGACAGAAGACCACAACAUGGAGGACGUCAUGGAUGCCACCAUGGACUACAACCCCACGGCCCAGCACAUCCCGCAAGUCAUCCACCAACGCUACGACGCACCCGUCACCAACAACAACAGCAACAACACCAUUCUGACCGAGAUGGACCGCCGCUACGAACAAAUGCGUGCAGUCGUCGCCACUGCCGCCCAGCCCCGCGAGCCCAUCCGCGAUAUCCCCGUCAAGGUCCACAUCCGCAGGCCCGACAAGGACUCCUGGGCCUACAUGGGCCGCGGCGUCGUCUCGCAGGAGGUCACCGGGCAGUCGUCCAGAGUCGUCGUCAGGUCCGCGACCUCCUCCAAGAUUCUGACCGUCUUCGGCGAGGGCGCCGCCCUCCAAGCUGAGAGACGCGGGAACUUCGUGGUUAUCGGUUGCGUCGAGGGGAACCGUGUUGUGUCCUGGUCAUUGAACGCACUGAACCACGCCGAGACCGUUCGCCUGCUUGCCAGCAUCGAGCUCGCUGCCUACGCCUGCAAGCAAGCCAUGGCCGACCCCGCGCUGCACAGCGCUAUCCGCCGUCGGAUCGCGCGGGUCAUCAAGGACGACCGCCGUCGCCGCCACAAGCGGCGCAAGGAGCAGGACUCGAUGGUCGCCGCCUUCGCGCGCACCGGCCUCGUCGAGGACAGCGACGCAGCCCCCACCGGCGCGCCCUCCGCCUACGCCCCGACGUUCCCUACCGCCGCCCCCGCCGCGAGCGCCCCGCUGCCCGCGGAACCCGUCCCGGUCCCCGCCCCCAUCCCGAUGCCGAUCCCCAAUCCCGCACCCGCGCAGGCCAGCGGAGGCCUGUUCGGGAUGCACACAGGGCUAUAG